CGAGCCCGGCUUCACGACAUAUCCUCUCUCUGUCUCUCCGCGCCGGUCCUGCUCAGAAGAAGCCUGAGGCAACUCACUUCUGCUUCACCUUCCUCUUCUUCUUUGCUUGCCUCUAGUUUUAGUUGGAUAUAUCUCUGCACCUGUCUUUGAGCUAGACGCCGUCUCCCCUUCUCGGGCUCGCAAAUGGGUUCUGCCGAAGGCCCCGGAGCUACCGACGAUGAGCCCUCUCCGGCAUCUGCCCCGGCCCCUCGACGUCGUGUGCGUACAGGGUGUCUGACCUGCCGCUCACGCCACCGCAAAUGCGAUGAGAAGCGUCCGACCUGCGACAACUGCGCGGCCAAGAAACUAGACUGUCAAUGGAGCGUCAAAGGGCUUUUCCAGGAGUCUAACUCCCGAUACAUCUCGGCAUCAGGGCACAUUUCGGUUGUUCCUCGCGUGUCCCAGUUCACCAUUGUUAGCGACGGCCCGCGAGGUAACGGGCCUCCCAAGAAGCGACAGCGCAAAAUCUCGGAAUCAGACAAUGGAACUAUAGAGCAGAGUUCAGAGUUGCCGUUGGCGAACACUGGAGUCAGCAGCACCCGUGCGCCAGCAGAUAGCAGACUGACAAUUCAUGAAGAGGUUUCCACCGCCGAACGAGCGGAAAUCUAUCUACUUGAAGGUGUAUCUCUAGCCACAGAUCUGUCUGGCUACGCCCGUACAGAUCAGGAGACUACCCGAUUUGCGCAGUUAGAGCCUUCGAGACAGCCUGGUGACCGCAGCGACUCCUCAGCAAGCAAUACCUCAGCCACAACAGAUAACUCCACAAUCUCCUACAACAACGGAUCUGCAGUACCAAAUCUUGAGCGGGCAAGCUUGCGUACUAUUCUGAAUCUUUCUGAAAACCGAUCGUCUUCUGCUUCUGACGCAGCUCAGCUGAACAAGUUUAGCAUGCCAGGGCUGGACACCGGGUUGUGGCGACAAGGCAGUCUUGCUGCUCGUGAGAAGUAUCCCGAACAACUUAGAGCAGAGAACUUUGAGCAUAGGAUAUCAAUUUCAAAUAUCGCUGAGAUCGAUCACAGCCACCAAAUUCGACAACCAAUCUCGCUGCCACGAAUUCACUCGGCAUCAUGCUCGCCUGAUUUUGAAGGCUAUUUAGGAUCACAGUCGAAUAGUACAUCGUCUGGGAUGUCGGAGGAUGAGGAAGAUGGCGCGGAGGACGAUGAGGAGGAAGAAGGAGAAGCGGAGUUUCUUGGCGAUAUCAGUAUAUCCUACAAAGACCUCCAUAUAAACCUCCUCGAGUGCAUCGAGGUUGCUUUAUCUGAGGCUACGAGCAGGUCCACCUCAACCUCCCGCUCACAUAUCUGCCCAGGACAAAUCCGCAGUCGCAGCGAGCUCUCCAGUCUCGACAAAGCACGGCUAUUGCGGAAUUACGUCGAUAACGUCGCUGAUAGCUUGGAUCUCUGCAACAACGACCACCAUUUUGCUGUCGAGAUACCGCGCAUGGCUCUUACAAACAACGCUCUCCUUUACGCGAUUUUCGCCAUUUCCUCGAAGCAGUUUGAAUGCGUGGAUUCGAACUACCCGCCUGGAGUUACGCUGGAUAUAUACUGGGAUUUUCUGCAGUAUCUUGCUCCAGAAUUACCCAGCUGUAGCAUGGAAGUCAUUGCGUCUUGUGUGAUAUUAUGCGGACUUGAACUCAUGGGGUCCAAAUCAAAUCACCGACGACGACAUGUAACUGCCUGUGCUUCUCUUCUAGCAGCUUGCAACAUCACAGGCAUGACCAGCGGUUUCGGAGGCGCUAUGUUUUGGUGCCUGGCAAGGAUGGAUAUCGCCACCGUCAUGAUUGGCGAAGAACCCACAAUCAUCCGCAACCACGGCGGCACCAUCACGCAAGCAAUGUCUGUGAACGCUAUCAGUGCAUUGUUUCGGUCCCACUGGCUAUCGGCAAAAGCCUCUCGUGCCUGCGACUCCUACGCAAACUACUCGCUUCUCCUUGCCGCGCGCGUGAUUGCGCUGAUAUCCCGAGAAGGAAGGUACGCUGACAGCCAUGGCCCGUGGGAGCAGCUGCCCAACGAAAACGCUUCUGUUUUAGGUUAUGACGGGGAGUGGGAAGAGUUGUGGAAUGGGCUACGAGAGUGGGUUGAGCGGAGGCCGGAGUACAUGUUACCACUGUUUGCCUUCCAGGAGGAAAAGGAUGGGCGGGACGUUUCCCCGUUUCCGACAGUUUUGUACGGUAAUGGAUCAGCUACCUAUGGUAACCAGCUGUACCACACAUCGUGCAUUCUCUUAAUGCAGAAUAAACCACGACAUUACAAAUACGCAAAAGCCACUCCGCCCAUGCUAUGGCACGCAAAACAGAUCUGCGCAAUAGCCCAGACAAACAAAAACCGAGCCUGCUGGUCGUACUUGAUUCAGAGCUUGAAAAUCGCGGGACAGCUGAUGUCGCAUCAAAGCGAGCAUGCGACGAUCUUCCAGGUAUUGCAGGAAAUCGCAGCGACGACGGGGUGCGCAGUUGAUAGCUGCCGCGACGAGCUUCGAGAGAUUUGGGGGGUGUGAAGUGGCUUAGUGAUGUUUUGGCUGUUGGUAUAAGAUAUAGAUAUAGAUUUGUAUGAUUAUAUAAACGGCUUGGUGAAUAUCUUUUACAGUACAAGUGCAGCAUCUGCGGGUCACUCAAUAGAGUGUGUAGGGUUUUAUCACCCAAAGAAGCAACCGGAAGCCACUAUAUGAUGCACGGCCACUCCACCCAUUCACAGGAAGCUCGAGGAGUUAUUUCGUUUCGAUAGCAAUAAAGUAAAAUUGGAGCAAGUUUACUAUGAGAAAAAACAACUUUUAGAUUAUCCACAACAGCUAUAUACAUCCU